AUGAUUGCUCCUGCUUCUCUGAACUACAGAGUCUCCGCUGAUGUUUUCUGCGGUGCUCCUUCUUAUACAAACGACUAUUGGAGAAACGUGCUUCACGUGACUGAUGGAAACAACGAGUUCACUCCCGGAAGUCGAACAUUUGCACUUUGGAGGUCGGUUGACGCGCAUGUCAUCAAUAUUCACACAAACAAUCCCAAUGGCGAUCACAUUUCUCCAAACGGCCAGCCUGAUCACUCAGACGUAACUGGCUUCGCUUGCACUCCGGGAGAAUGGCAUACAUUUUCCAUCGAAGUUCGUCAAGAUACCCAAAUGCCUUCACAGCUUAAUGCCGAUAUACAAGUCGACGGAACUUCAAUCCGCUCAGUCAGCUUGUAG